AUGUGCAAUGCAGGCUCUCCACCGUACUACGCGGUUUUCUUGAUCUCCGCGCAGCUACUGUGGGAUGGCCUGUGCACGAGUGCAAACUGCGCCACAAGUGAAGGUCGCGCCUUCGUUGGAGUUGCUGAGGGUUGUCGUCGAACAUCGGAAAAGGACAUUGAGAAUAUCUGUCUGCCGAGUCAUCUUCCCUCACAAAUCACAAUGACCUGGACCCCUGACCCUUCUUUGACAGAGGGGAUCCUUGAAGCUGAGCCUUAUCGGGCGCUUAUCGGCUUCGCCCCUCCAUGA